CACUGCUUCGAGCUCUACAUCCCCAACAACAAGGGCCAGCUGAUCAAGGCGUGCAAGACGGAGGCGGACGGGCGCGUGGUGGAGGGGAACCACGUCGUCUAUCGCAUCUCCGCCCCCAGCCGCGAGCAGAAGGACGAGUGGAUCAAAUCCAUCCAGGCUGCCGUGAGCGUGGAUCCGUUCUACGAGAUGCUGGCGGCGCGGAAAAAGCGAAUUUCCGUCAAGAAAAAGCCGGAAAAUCCCUAAAAAAAACCUCGGAAAAGGGGGCGGGACCCCCGGAAUUCCCACCCAAAAACUCCCAGAAUUCCCAAAAUUUGGGGAAUUCCCCCCCCAAAAAAAUUCCCCCUCCCUCAUCGGGACUGGGAGAGGACGAGGGAGCAGCGGGAGCCUCCGGAAUCGGCGCCGGAUUCCCCAAAAUUCCCAAAAAUCCCCCUGGGAAUCCCAAAAAUUCCCAAAAUUCCCUUUGGGAGCCCCAG